UGCCUUGGUCCAAUGCCGGCAUAGCUACUUCCAACCUUGCAUCAUAGUCUUCCUCUGAAUUUUCUUCUUGUUUUUGGUGGAAAAAUUCUCCCCUAUAUGGCUUCAACAUGUUGGCCCAUUCGUUAUGUCCAUAGAAAGCUUCUUCUUUGAUCAAAACUGAAGUCAAAGCCUAUUGUAUUGUCAAAUACAGCUUUUGGUUUCAUCAGAGUUAAUUUGAGGUGUUCAACGGUGCAGUGCAACCACACGUGUUAACUUCUCUUUGUGCACCACCAUCACCUGCUAGAACAUCCAUAACACCCUCUCACUCACGUGCCAAGCUGGAAAAUCUGUAGUGGUUGAAGAAAAGAAGGGACGGAGAAACUUAAAUAAGGUCAAAGGCUUAAUCUAUUUGGAAAAUCCUAAUCUGGAGUGAUCAUAUUCAGGAUGGCAGGAAACUUCAGAUUCACAAUGGACCAGAAGGAUAUUGUUAGAUUCUUGACUACAACUAUUGAUAGUUUCAUUCAAGAUAGGUUAAUCAACAAAGAACAAAGAACCCAACACAAAGAACAGUGUGCAGAGAGGUUGGCAGCUGAAGAUGGAAGUUGUGACAAGGACACUGAGGUGGAAUACUCUGAUCAAGCAGUAUUAGCAAAUCUGGAUUGGGGUAUUGAAGCCCUUGAAGAAGCUAUCAAUACCUAUAACAUGGAAACUAAGCUUGCAAGGCUAGAUUAUGCCGAAAAAAUGCUGCAAGUGUGUGCAAUGUUGAAUCCUAAGCAAAAGACUGCUGGAGUGCCAAACUACUACCUCUCAGCUUGGGCACACCUAAAUCUAUCCUACCUAUGGAAGUUGAGGAACAAUGUUCAAAAUUGUGUUUUCCAUGCUCUUGAGAUGUUCAUUGUUGAUCCCUUUUUCUCGCGGAUUGAUUUUGCUCCUGAACUCUGGAAAAACCUGUUUCUUCCACACAUGAGCUCAAUUGUGGGGUGGUAUUCAGAAGAGAGGCAUAGGCUUAUGAUGGAAGUGAUACCUGACUCUUCUGAUUUGUCCUUUACAGCUGACUUUGAUCAAUUUUUCAAUGAGUCUUUGGUAUUUUCUAUGAGGCCACAUCAAUUAGACAAGUUGCAAAAGAUGGAGCAGCUCUAUGGAGAAUCCUUGGAUGAGAACACACGACUAUACGCAAAAUAUUAUAAGGAUUGCAUGAAUUCUGAUUCCACUUCAGGCAAGAAGGUGGCUCCUAUGUUGCCUAUUGCUGAGCCACCAAUGACUCCUAUGCAUGAGUUGAGCCGGUCUGUUCCUGAUUUUGUAAAAUUUGGUCCUAUUUUGCCCAAGAGUGCUGGCUUUUCUUUGACACCAAGAUCUAAAGAUGGUGUAAAUGAAACAAUCAGAGAUAAUUCAACUUCCAGCCAUUCAAAGGUGGAGAAAUCAUCCAUAUGGGGUGCUAAGGAGAGUAUCGUGAAAGAGAAUGAGAAUGAAGAGGAUUUAGAUUCUGAGCUUGAUGAUGCUUCAAUGGAUUCAGAUAACAAAAACAAUAUUUUCUCGCCAGAAAUGAAGAUGGUCAAGGAUGAGGAUAUCGAAGCAAUGGCGCCUCUAUCAAACCAGAAGAAUCAAUUUCAUUCUCCUGAUAUCUUCUCUCCCUUGGGUUCCCCAAGAACUGGACCAAAUAAUUCAUCUACAAAUCCUGAUACAAACAGUAAAAGAGAACCCAAGUAUCUUCGCUUACUGUCUACUCGUUUGAGGGACUCAACUAUUUCUGAUCAUCUAUCUCUGGACAUGAGCAAAGAUCAUAUAUUAAACUCUGAUAACGAAGUAAUGGCUUUGAAGAAUACUCAGAGGAAAAACAAUAACCAAACACUCAGUAUGAAUGAUGACAAUGAGAAUAGCCAAGGACUAAAUGACAGUUCCCUUUGUGAAAGUGACGAGGGAAAUCAAAGCUGCAUUUCGCUGCCGAAAUUGAUGAUUGGAUCAAAACCACCCAAAGACUUUGUUUGCCCAAUCACAGGUCAGAUAUUUUGUGAUCCUGUCACCCUUGAAACUGGCCAGACCUAUGAAAGAAAAGCAAUUCAAGAGUGGCUCAGAACCGGAAACACAACAUGCCCCAUUACGCGGCAGCCUCUAUCUGCAAAUACGUUGCCCAAAACAAACUAUGUUUUGAAGAGAUUGAUAACAUCAUGGAAAGAACAGAAUCCUGAGCUAGCGCAAGAAUUCUCGAAUGCUAACACGCCAAGGGGUUCUUCUUGUUCUCCAUCUGCAAAAGACUUCUCAAUGCUCUCCACUACACAAAGAAUAACUGAUUCACCAAGUCUUAAGGGCAAAGAAAAUUACAUUAGACAAAGGAGCAACAGAUUUAUGCGUGUCGCAACAUCUCCAACUAGUGUGCUGACUCAAGCUGCAGUUGAAACAAUUAUGAAUUCCUUGAAACCUUACAUUUCAAGUCUUUGUACAUCAGAAAACUUGCACGAAUGUGAAGAAGCUGUAUUGGAAAUAGCAAGAUUAUGGAAAGAUUCAAAGACUGACCCUCAGAUUCAUGCUUAUUUAUCAAAGCCAACUAUCAUAAGUGGUUUGAUGGAAAUACUUUCAGCUUCUCUGAAUAGAGAAGUUUUAAGAACAUCAAUUUAUAUUCUUUCUGAGCUAAUCUUUAUAGAUGAAAGAGUUGGAGAAACGCUUAACAGUGUAGAUUCUGACUUUGAUUGCUUGGCUACUCUACUUAAGAAUGGUUUGGCUGAGGCUGCUCUUCUUAUUUACCAACUAAGGCCAGUUUUUGCUCAGCUUUCUGCGCAUGAACUUAUACCAUCUCUUGUGGAAGUGAUUCGGAACAAAAAUGAGGGGUCAGAUGAUUUUCAGUUAGUUUUAGACCCCAGAGAUGCUGCCAUAGCAAUUCUUGAGCAAAUUUUAAUAGGAGGGGAUGAAUAUAGCAGGUCCCUUAAUGCUUUGAGUGUUGUUUCUGAAAAUGGUAUUCCAGCCUUAGUGAAGUAUUUGGAGAGGAUGGAAGGAAGGAGGUCUGUUGUUUCCAUACUUUUGUGUUGUAUGCAAGCUGAAAAAGGUUGCAAGAGCUUGAUAGCAAACAAAAUUGAAUUGUCUCCUGUUCUUGAAUUAUUUCAUGCUGGAAACGAUAGUGUGAGAGGCAUCUGUGUGGAGUUUCUCUCAGAAUUGGUUCAAUUGAAUAGAAGGACAGUCUGCAACCAGAUAUUACAGACAAUCAAGGAUGAAGGAGCAUUUAGUACGAUGCAUACAUUUCUUGUGUAUCUUCAGAUGGCUCCAAUGGAACAUCAGCUUGCUGUUGCCAGUCUUCUUCUUCAGAUUGAUCUUCUGGUUGAGCCACGAAAGAUGAGCAUUUACAGGGAAGAAGCUGUAGAGACACUAAUUGAAGCACUUUGGCAAAAGGAUUUCUCAAAUACUCAAAUGAAGGCUUUCGAUGCUUUAAUAUUUCUUAUUGGACACGUAACUUUGUCGGGAAAGUCAUAUACUGAAGCUUGGUUGCUCAAGAUUGCAGGAUUUGAGCAACCUUACAAUGCUUUAAUUAAGGCGGAGCAGUUGGGGCAGUAUGACAAUGAUUCAAUGGAAACAAUGGAGGAUGAAAAAAAUGCUAUGAACUCUUGGCAGAGAAGGGUAGCUUUUGUACUUUGCAAUCAUGAAAAUGGUUCAAUAUUCCAAGCUUUGGAAGAAUGCCUAAGGAGUAAUUCCUUAAAGAUGGCAAAAUCUUGCCUUGUUCUUGUCACAUGGCUCACACACAUGCUCUCUACUUUUCCUGAUACCGGCAUAAAGGAUGUUGCUCGCAAAUCCUUGCUUGAUGAGCUUAUAAAUGUCCUGCAGUCAUCCAAGAACCUGGAGGAAAAGAUCCUAGCUACCCUAGCUUUGAAAAAUUUCAUAAAUGAUCCAAUUGCUCAAGAAGCACUUAGAGCUUAUGCUAAAAGCAUCUACAGAAUCAUGAGGAAGCUGAAGAAAUAUUCAACAGUAGCUGCUGAUAUUAUGAAAACCUUACUAAACUUAAACUCCGUUGAUGUGACAGAGUUGUGGAGUUGUAAAGAAGUUGUUGAGUUAGAUUUGAGCUCAAAUGGAGAGGUGCUUUGUUUGCUUUAUAUGAAUGGUCAGGUCUUGAGUGGACACUCUGAUGGAACUAUCAAGGUAUGGGAUGCAAGAAAGAGAAUACCAAGAGUGAUUCAAGAAACUCAUGAGCACACAAAAGCUGUAACAUCUCUUUGUUCUUCAGAUGAUAGGCUAUACAGUGGUUCCUUAGACAAAACCAUCCGGGUUUGGACAGUCAAACCAGAUGAGAUUAAAUGCAUAGAUGUUCAUGACGUUAAGGAGCCAGUGUAUGAGCUGACGGUCAAUGCCAAAUUGGCAUGCUAUGUAUCUCAAGGAAGUGGAGUUAAGGUUUUUAAUUGGUCAGAGGCUCCAAAGCUCAUCAAUUUCAACAAAUAUGUGAAAUGCCUUGCUGGUGCUGGAGACAAACUGUAUUGUGGCUGCUCUGGUUACAGCAUCCAGGAGGUUGACUUGUCCAAAAACACAUCCAAUUCAUUCUUCUCCGGUACAAGGAAGUUGUUGGGAAAACAAACCAUACACUCCCUUCGAAUUCAUGACGGUUUCCUCUUUGCUUGUGGUUCUUCUGUUGAUGCAAAUGCAGGAAAGAUAUUUUCACUUUCCUCCAAAAUGGUGGUGGGAUCACUCUCCACUGGACUUGACAUCCAUCGCAUAGCCAUCAACAGUGACUUCAUAUUUGCUGGCACAAAAUUUGGCACCAUUGAGGUUUGGCUAAAAGAUAAGCUCACCCGGGUUGCUUCAAUCAAAAUGGCUGGUGGUCACACAAAGAUCACAUCAUUAGUAUCAGAUGCAGAUGGUAUGAUGCUUUUUGUUGGUUCCUCUGAUGGCAAGAUCCAGGUUUGGGCUUUGGAUUAAGCAUAGUACAUGGACAAGUAUAAUAUCCCUUUUUCCACAUGUAAAUGAAUUGUUGAUGAGUUCUUCCUAUUUGGGAUCCUAACAGAUUUUAUAGGUUUGUUAGUUAAAGAGAGUUGUUUGUUAGAUUAUAUUAUACAAAUAAGAUCUUCUAUAUCCAUGGUCCAUGGAACAUGUACAAAUUGAAUUGAAUUGUAGUAAGUAAAACUUCAACUUGCUCAAGCAUCUAGUAGUUGUUAAUCCAACUAUGAAAUGAAAAUCAGACAAUUUUAAAGUAAAA